AUGAGUCUCGAGGAGCUGAUUCAAGACCUUGAGCGUAAUCUUUUACUUCCUUGUGGGCUGGACAUAUACGAUGAAAGUCUCUCUGUGGUUAAAAAGAAUGAGGUGAAGCAUGGUGUGGUAGGAGAUGCCUGCAUGUUGAAUUGCGGAUGUAUCAUAUCCGAAAGCUUCUUCGAAGAGCUGUCUUCUGUGAAUCCCAAGCGAGAUGAAUGCCCGGUUUGUUUUAAAAAGCCAUUUUUCAUGGUGGGUCCCAUAAGGCCACUACGAAACUUGUAUCUUCAAUUGCAAUAUUUCAAGCAAAGAGGCGACGACGUUGAUGAUGGACCUUCUGAGACACCAGGUCGGCAAUCUUUGAUGUCACUAUUUCAUACGGCUGCUCUGAAAAUGAAUAAUUUAGCACUUCCGGAAACAGGAGAAGUUCACAUGCUUGAUAAUGUCUCCAAUUCGAAAACCGUACCAAUUCAAAAUCCUCAACCCCUCUUAGAUUCCUUAUCGUCUUCACCUUCGCAAUCCUCGCUACAACCUUCGAACCUUGAUGAGGAGAAAGAACUUUUUUUCGCGAAAUGUUUCCCCACUUAUCGCAAGAAGUCUCAAUACAGCACGCAUGGCAAGUUCUUGCGCACCAGAAGCAAACUUUUCAUAAAUUCUGCCAUAUCACCCGACUGCACCAAGUUUGCGUUGAUCACUGAACACAAAUGGGAAGUAUAUGCCAUGCCGAAGGAGUCAAAACGGGAAGCUACACGAAAAAGAAAAUCCAAGAACGAAGCUGCCACACGGUUAGAAGAAGAUACCUCAAACUCCGAGCCUCAAUUACUCUUGUGUGGUAACUCUAGAGGCGAAUUUGGGCCUUCGUUUAAAAAAUUGGCUUUCCCACAUCACAGGAGUGUCUUACAACCGUUAUACUCGGACAGAACACAAAGCCGUGAGAAAAGUAGAAAGACAUCGGUACAAAUAGAAUGGGAACACCUUUAUUGUGAGCUUUCCAAUGACUUUCUUGUAAUCGCAGGAUCUCGUGGACACUUUAGGAUUUUUGAUCUCAACAAUGAUGGAAGGCCAUUAUACACCUAUGCAUCACCUUUUCCUAUCAGGUGCAUAAAUAUUGACCCGGAAAGUAAAGUCAUAGCAUGUGGAAUUACAGGAAAUGAUCGAUCCAGUGGUGCAGAGCAAGCUCUCAUCUUGUUACAUAGAAUUCAAAGGCGAGAUUCUUCAAUUUCAAGUGAUCAUUCAGCAUUCUCGUUCGAAUUUCCACCGCCCAUCACAAUUACGCUACCUUACCGUGAUCCCAUUAAUACGCUACAGUUCUCAUCCGAUGGUGAAUGCUUAUCCUGCUCAACCGCCUUGGAAUCGAGGUUUCUUCUUAUUUCCCUUCGAAAGAUAAGCGAACCGCGCUUAGUUAUGAAAUCCUUACGUUCUAUCGAUACUUCUUUGGAGUCCGAAGGUAUAACAGAUACCAAGACUUUUCCUGGUAAUCCAAAUUUAAUGUGCGUAACAUCUGUUGCGUUUAAUGCGCCCCCCAUUGUGAUCAAUACCAAAAUACAAACUAUAAACGGCGUCCAAGGAAUUGCACAACCAACUAUGCUUCUGAGAUUAGAUGAAGUAGGUUCCAAGAUUCACAAAUGCGAAAUUUCUCCUCGAUGUGAUUCUAUUGCGUUUCUCGAUAGGAAUGGCACGGUCUACAUAAUGUAUGCGCCCACGCUUUUAGACAAUGAGAAAAGGAGGAUAGUAGCGGUGGAUGUGGUUUCCAAUGCUUAUCGACUAAGGGAAGCUGCCACUCUCAAAUUCAGCCCAGACGGGCACAAGUUAUUUAUCCUCGACCGCAAGGGCACUCUGUGUAUAGAGGAUUUUGCGUACGCGCUUCCGCAGGACCACGAGGUUACGAAAUGCAAGCAAAUUAAUUGA